CUGGCCUUUUGGCUUAGAUCAAGUGUAGUAUCUGUUCUUAAUAGUUUAACCACUAUUAUGAGGGCACCGCCCUCAUUCUUUGGUUAUCAAAUUUUUGCCGCCCUUGUUCUUCCGAGCUCUGCUUGCAACUUGGAGGAUAUGAUGACCUUGCCACUGCAGUAUCGGCUUGUGUUGUCGGGGGAUUCUUUGCUUUUGCGAUCUCGUCUUCUCUUUGCUAUUGAGUCUAUCUAUGGUCCCCUUGGCCAUGUCUGAUCCAUAGCAAACAGAUUCCGACGAUUUCUUUGGUUUAUGGAAUAUGCAUUGGACACUGCAGGGACCGCAUCCUAGAACUCAUAAAUAAAUAAGUGGACUUUGGUCAGUAGCGGAGUUCCUCAUACUCAUGACAUUUACAUUCAACUGCAAUGCAAAUUACCACGAUACCACACUUUGUGUUUAUCUCUAUGCAUUAGACCGUCAUUCGUUCGACCCCCACAUCUCAAAGAACACGUCCCGGUGUUCUUUGGCCUUUCCAACCCAACUUGACUUGCCUCGCUUGCACGAGAUUCGAAAUUCGCACCGAAGGAAAUCAAGAAGCACU